UGUGAAACAAAAUUUGAUGAUCUGCGUAAAAGAUUGGCUUUGGAAGCGAUCCUAGCCAAUUCUAAUCAAAGUAUUGUUGUUUCACCACUACUAGUACGUUUUUCUUUGUGCAAAGUAGCGUCAAUAGCUUCGGGAUAUUCUAGAACUGAAUUAAUGACAGUUUUAGGAAUAAAUUCAACUAAAAUGUUACAGGAUUGCUUUCAAAGUCUAAAGGAUGUCAUUGAUCCACUGAAAAACAUAGAUGUAUUAUUACUUAAUAAAAUAAUAGUGAACUACACGGACGACAUAAAUCCCAAUUUUAUAACAAACAGCACUGAUUAUGGCGUGAAGGUUGAUAAAGUCGGUUUCAACUACCCUAAAAUGGCUGUAUCAUUUAUCAAUAGAUGGGUGGAAAAGGCGUCAUAUAAACGCAUAACAGGAGUAUUAGAUCAAACGGAUUUGGACAACCAAACCUCUAUUAUAUUAAUAAGCCUAGCAUAUUUCAAGGUUACAUGGGAAUUUCCUUUUGAUAUAAGAUUGACAAAGAAUAAGAAAUUUCAUCAUCGUGAUGGAAACGUAUCCUAUGUACCAAUGAUGUUGAACACUGGCUUGUAUUUAUAUUUGAAUGAUGAAGUUAACAACAUACAGUACAUAAACCUUAAACUGGCUAGCUAUGGAUUAUCAGUAACGUUUGCAGUACCACAGACAAAUAAAGGCAUAGAUAAGUUCUUGAGUCAACUGUCUAAAAAUCAAGAUAUAAUAAGAGAUGUUUUUAAAAGAAUGCGAUUUGAAAUCAUUAAUAUAAUGGUACCGAGAUUCAAGAUUAAAUGUAGAAUCGAAUGGAACAAACUCCUCCAAAAAAUUGGUGUCACAAGAGUUUUCAAUGAAAGUGAUUCAGGUUUAAAUAAUGUUUUGAAAAAAGAUAGCAAACUCAAAAAUAUGACGCUAAGUAAAGUGAAACAGAGCACAUUUAUUGACAUUGACGAAAUGGGAAUAUUUCGACAAACACCAGUAAAAGGCUUAUUUGACGUCCAGUAUUCCCAAAAAGAUUCCAUUUUGUAUGCAAUCGCAGAUCGUCCGUUCUAUUUCAUCAUCGCUUUACAAGCAGAUGUUAUGUCCCAUCCUUUAGAAAUACAAGAACUUUUCACUGGAGUUUAUUAUGGACCAGAUAAAUAA